AUGGGGAAGCUUCUGCUCCGUCAGAUCAUCUUCUAUGAGGACAGGAACUUCGGAGGCCGGCACUACGAGUGCAUGAGCGACUGCUCCGACCUGCACUCCAUGUUCGAGCGCUGCCGCUCCAUCCGGGUGGAGAGCGGUAUGUUCAUGAUCUACGACCGGCCGGGCUUCGUGGGAAACCAGUUCUUCAUGAAGAGGGGCGAGUACUCCGACUACAUGGGAAUGACCAACAUGAACGACUGCGUGAGGUCCUGCCGGAUGAUCCCCAUGCACAGUGGCAGCUUCAGGAUGAGGCUGUACGAGCACUUCGACAUGGGCGGUCAGAUGAUGGAGCUGAACAAUGACUGUCCAAACCUGAUGGAUCGCUUCCGCCUGUCCAACUUCAACUCCUGCAACGUGAUGGACGGCCACUGGCUGUUGUACGAGCAGCCCAACUACAGGGGGCGCCACUACUACCUGAGGCCCGGCCAGUACCGCAGCUUCAGCGAGUGGAGCGGCGGCAGCUCUCGGCUGGGCUCCGUGCGCCGCCUCAUGGACCUCUGA